CGAGUCGCGCUUUGGCCAAAUCCCAUCCGCUGCUUGCCUUGGCCCAACUUUCUCAGAGGCUCUUGAGAGAUCUCCUGGAUCUGCCCCUCCCUCCAGGUGCUCACCCCCCAGCAGCGAUGAACAGCCUCCUGACCACGCCUUCUCCUGGAGAAGAGCUGAUGACCACCCCAAUACUUCAGACUACUGAAACCUUGUCUCCAGAAGUGGAAGAAGCCAGCACAGCACUCAUUGCAGUUGUUAUCACCGUGGUCUUCCUCACCCUGCUCUCGGUCGUGAUCUUGAUCUUCUUUUACCUGUACAAGAACAAAGGCACCUACGUGACGUAUGAACCUGCAGAAGGCGAGCCCAGCGCCAUCCUCCAGAUGGAGACUGACUCAACUAAGAGCAGAGAAAAGGAAGAGUAUUUCAUCUAACAGUUCCCAGACCUAAGGAGCCAAUUCAUGGCUCCAGCACUCACACUAUUUAAUGUGUUAGGUGAAAUUGUAUUAGAAGUCAGUGAACGUGGGCCAAUCCAAGGUCCUUGUAGGACAAAGGUCCAAAUGCCAGCAUCACUGACUCCAGAGACCCGGGAUGUGGAGAAAGCUGCUUAUGAUGCCAUUAAUCAGGCCUUUGUAAUAGCACUGGUAUUUGUGACUAGCCAGCAAAGGAAUAGUUGAGUAUGUGCCUUCUACAGGUUAAAAGGGGAGGAAAAAGAGUGAGCUUGUUGCUUGAUCUACUCUGUCCCCUCCUGGAUACCUAUGCUAUCCCGAAGGGAGCUAUCCAUAGUUCUUCCUAGAGGCUGGAUAGCAUACUAAGAGGCCAAGCCAUCAAGGAGAGGAAACUGGGGAUCUUACCUCCUGAUAAAUGUGCUAUAUUCCUUAAUCUGAGCCCUUCUUUCCAUAUUCCCCAACAACCUCAUGCUAUUUUUUAUCCGAAUUAAACUUUUUCAUUGAUGCAGAAACCAGAUUUUCAGGUGCAAAAAGUAACUACGUUUACAUUUGGACUUAUCUUUGCUUACACAUUGACAUUUUCUUUCACUUAUUUAACUCUUCUGUAUAUAUGUUGCCCAAGCAACAACUCUGAAGUUGCACAAGUUCCCAGAACUAUGUUAGGAGUUUAAGAGAAGGAUGAUCCAGGAGGCUUCACCCAGGGGAGCAUCUUCAGGAACAUGACUCCAUCUUCGGGAACAUACUCUGGGAAAUAAGUUAAUUUGGCCUCUAUACUAGCAAGGGCCCAAAUUUUCCCAUUCCUUAUGUACACAGGGAGAGGUGCUUAAAAGGUGUAAUACUUUGGUAUAAAUCUUAUUAGCUGCUCUAUUUUCUUUGGAAUUAAGACUUCCUUUGAGGUCUUUGUGUAUUCCCUAUUGUCCAAGUUCAAGCCCACCUAAGGUAAGGGCCAAAGGUGGAGGAAGCAAUCUGGCAACCUGGACUCUAGAAGUCCCAGUAUUUUUCAGAGAACCCUAGAGACAAACUGAAGAUCACCCUGAAGGUAUACAAAUGUUACACUAAGGCAUUCUCCUCAAUUUAAACUUGAAAGCAAAUGAGGGGAACCAAUUGUUUCCUUUUCUCCUGAGAUUAGGUUCUGACUCUCAGAAUCUGGAAGAGUUUGGGUGGUAAAGUAAAGAAACAUAUACUAUCUAAAGAAAAACUCAUAGAAAUAGUCAAAUCUUAGCCUUGUACUUCUGGAUGUAUUUCAAAGCCUUUAUUAAAGAAAAUACUAAUAGCAGCACCUUGCUGAGUAUCUAGGUGGGACAUUAAGAUACGUGGAGAAGAAAUAAAACAAGCUAAAUAAAGAAUCCUUGGAGUGAGGUGUAAUGCAACUUCAUCACUUUAUUCAAAUCUUCAAAAUAGUCUUUAUUCUACAUUUUUAGUAUAAAAAAUCCACAAGUUAAGUGCACCACAGUGUAGAGAGAGACAUACAACGCUGAACUUCCAUAACAGUCAAUGGUACAGUCAAACACCACAUGUACAGAACACAAAAUUUAGAUGAACUGAAAUUAUAAGAUAAAAUAAAAUCCAAUUUCAGAAAACAAAAA